AUGGCCGCGGCGCGCCCAGCGACGCGCGCGUACCUGCACGCGCUCUUUGGGCGGUCACAGAACGAUAGCGAGGCGCGCGAUGCGGCGGAACAAUUACUAGCCAAGCUCGAUGCGGGCGACGAGCGCGACGAGGACUCGAUCGCGGCGCUGCGCAACGCGCUCGGCGGCGUGUUGCAUAGCCUGCACAAGGAAUUAAACGACAGUGAGCUGGACUCGGCGGUGCUUGCGCUGAUGCUGCACCACCGCGACGAUACGGCCGCGCCGAGCCCCCGGCUGCAGCGGAGAGCCAAGGGCUCGCCACGCGCCGCGCCGGCCUCGGCCAUGGCGCGUACACAAAGCGCGCUCGCGCGCGACGCGCAGGAGCAGCGCACCGCCUCGCUGGUGAGUGCUUCGCCCCGUCUUAAUGUGGCUGCGGCGUCAUUUACGCCGCGCGCCGCGGCACCCGCCGCCGAAGAGGCGCCGGACGAGGACGAGGACGAGUUUUCUCCGUUUGCGCGCACGUCCGCCGCCGAGGUGUACGCGGCGGCGGCGGCGCCCGAGGCGUACCUGCCGGAUAUGGACGCGCUUGUAGUGGACGACUUGCCCAUGUCGCCCCUCGACGUCUUUUGCGACAUGCUCGUCACGCAGCACGCCGAGCUGUUUGGCGACCGAGUGCACACCGCGCCGCAGCAGAUCCAAGCCGCGCUCGAGCGGACACACUACGACGUACAAGCCACGAUGGCCAUGCUGCAAGAGGCCUACCGCACUGGCAAGCCACUCGCGACGCAGGUCACCCCGAGCGAGAUGCCGGCGCAAGAGUCGCUCGGCGGCGCACGCGUGUGCCGCUACUUUCUCGCAGGCGAGUGCCGGCGCUCCGACUGCCGCUUCUCGCACGAUCUCAACAAGGCACUGUGCCGCUUCUGGCUGCGCGGCCAGUGCCUCAACGAGCCUUGCUCGUUUCUGCACGACUUUGAGGCGCUUUCUGUCCUAGCCUCCUCCUUGCAGCCCGAGCCCGAGCCCGAGCGGCGCGACGAGGUGGUGGUGCCGGGCGCCGUGCCGCGGCGCCUCGAUCCAGCACAGACCCACUGGGCGGCGGCCGUGCAGAAACCGUCCGCACGGCCCGCCAAGGCGGCGCCCAAGGCGGCGGCGCCCAAGCGCGCGGGGACGUCGGCGGCGCGCCUCAUGCUGCGGCCACCGACGCUGCUUCCUACGCUGAGCACCGGCACCGCGCUGAGCACCGAGAUGGGCAAGCUGCGUGCGGCGCUCGGGCACGGGCCCGCCGAGCACGACGCGUGGACGCCGAUCGAGGCGCUCCUGCGCGAGCGUCACAAACGCAUCCGCGAGCAGCUCCUGGUCGCCGCCGGCGGCGAUGCGGGCGGCUGGGGCAGCAGCGCACAGGCGAGCGACGAGCGCGGCGCACAGGGCCUGCGCGGCAAGUGGGCCGGCGGCGUGGGCCUGUGCCUCGGCGUGGCGCGCCAGGCGAACCUCGGCAAGUACGCCAAGCACGCACUCUCCCUCGACGAGCGCACCGAGGUGUUUCUGGAUAUGCACGGCCUGUACGUUGCCGAGGCGCUGCAGGCGUGCGAGCACUUUUUGCUGCAGCUCGAGCGCGAGUCGUUCCGGGGCCUCGCCUACCUCGGUGUCGGCGCGGGGAAGCACUCGAACCGUGCGCGGGGCACCAAGCUCCACGCGCACAUCCGCGACUUUCUCCAGAGCUGGGCUUAUCCCUUUGCCGAGUACGACGGUGUGAUUGCAUGUGAUCCCACGAUGCAUUUGUAG